AUGACUUCUUCCGACUACGGAUCGUUGGAUUAUCGAAAUGUUCGGCGAAUCAAACUUGGAAGGUUUGAAUUCGAUACAUGGUUUAGUAAUUCUGCACUAUUUCUACCCACCGAACCGGAGUUGCUUGCAUAUAAGGCUAUAGAGAGUGGUAUUAAAUUGUCUAGCUCGCAUAGAAAACGACUGGAUUAUGACGAAUUGAAGAAAACUUGGAUAGAUACGCUUCAUUUCUGUCCAUAUUGCUUCAAAUAUACAGAGGACUCCUUACAGAUGGCUAAACACACGGCCGGAUGCAGGCUUAAAUCACAUCUACCAGGCAAAGUCAUGUACUUCGACGGUGAUUCAACUAUAAGAAAAAUCAAGGCAUCUAGACACAAACUCUUCUGUCAAUGUAUGUGUCUUUUGGCCAAAUUCUUCCUUGAUAAUAAAUCAAUAUUCUUCAAUAUCGACUACUUUGAUUUCUACGUCAUCUACAAAGUGCUCGAUGGUGUGUCCGCUCCAAUGGGGUUCUAUUCGAGGGAAUUGCUCUCUUGGGAGAAUAAUAAUCUUUCGUGCAUCAUGGUGAUUCCUUGUUACCAGAAACAACAUCUAGGUACCAAACUGAUUGACUUCUCGUACUGUUUGUCUCGCUAUCAACAAAUGAUCAGUGGGCCGGAGAGACCGUUGUCUCAAUUAGGCAGAAUCACCUAUCUAAGGUAUUGGAGUAGUCGACUAUGUAUAGAGUUCCUUUACGGGUCUCUUACUCGAUUUAAAGUAGUUACGCUGAAGUUGAUUAGUGCUAAAACUGGGUUCAGAGAGGAGGACAUUCUCAUGGCUUUGGAUUUCAUGAAGAGCUUUUUGGAAACAGGUGUCAAGGAUCCUUACACCAUCCACCCCACCACCCACUACGAUGAUGAUGACGACGACGAAUUAGUCUUGCUCGACGAACAGUACAGACUCUACAUAGACAAAUCUCGACUGAAACAGUGGGUUAUCGAUCAUCAGAUCAAAGAUGGACAAGUCCUUAAGAGGGACAGACUAAUCUUGUACUAA